UCAGUUCAUCUCUAUAGAUUUCACCGUCUUUCUGCCGUUUCCUUCUCCAGAUUUUAUCGGCUUUUCGUGACUUCCCCUCAGAAAAAAACAAAACAGAAAUCACAGGAAUCAAAACAGAUUUGUCACUUGUUAUUCUUCUCAGUUCGUCUUCUCAGAUUCAGCUUCGACUUUUUGUUCUUCUGCAUAUAUCUCUCUAUUUAGGAAAAGAACCCACAUGGUGAUCUGAUUUGGGGUUUACAGGAUUCAUCUUUGCUAUUUCAAUUAUGGAGAAAGAUGGGGGAGAAAGCUGGAAAGACAUGGUGAGAAAGAUGCUUCCUCCUGGAGCUCCUUUCCCUGAAAACUCAUCUGAAUUCGAUUUCUCCAUAGCCAUGGAGUACACUGGUCCCACUCCUGUACACUCAAUCCCCAGAGUUUCACCUCUUGAUGUUAAUCCUCCUCGAGGGAACAAUCCCAUCCCCUUGCCUGUCUCUCGUAUAGCCGGAGGAGUCACAACCUCUCCAGGUCAGAGCCCUAGAGGUUCACCAGCUAGCUCUGAGUCGGUUGUCUCUGUGUUGCACAACAACCCUGAAUCAUCCUCUGGCUCAGCCUCUGUUUCACCAAUCUCUGCUCGCAGAUCAUAUGGGAAUCACGUUCGGAGACCCGUUGUGAAGUUCAAACCUGUUGAGAGUAAAGAGGAGAACAAUGUGGAGACGGAUACGGAUAGGGAGAGGAAAGCUCAAGAGUGUACCGCGGGUACGAAGAAACGGAAGAAGAAGAAGAGAGAGUGUUAUAGAUGCGGGAAAGCUAAAUGGGAAAAGAAAGAGACGUGUAUUGUCUGUGAUGAGAAGUACUGUGGGAACUGUGUGCUUAGAGCGAUGGGUUCGAUGCCUGAAGGAAGGAAGUGUGUGAGCUGCAUAGGCCAAGCUAUUGACGAAUCAAAACGGUCUAAGCUAGGGAAACAUUCGAGGGUGUUGUCGAGGUUGCUUAGUCCUUUGGAAGUUAAACAGAUCAUGAAGGCUGAAAAGGAGUGUGCAGCUAAUCAGCUGAGACCUGAGCAGCUGGUCGUGAAUGGUUGUCCGUUAAAGCCUGAAGAGAUGGCUGAGUUGCUUAACUGUCCUUUACCGCCUGAGAAGUUGAAACCGGGUAGCUAUUGGUACGACAAAGAGUCUGGUCUGUGGGGCAAGGAAGGAGAGAAACCAGAUAGAGUCAUAAGCUCUAACUUGAACUUCACUGGGAAGCUAUGCCCGCAUGCUAGCAAUGGGAACACGGAAGUUUAUAUGAACGGUCGAGAGAUCACAAAGCUCGAGUUAAGGAUCUUGAAGAUAGCAAAUGUACAGUGUCCACGUGAUACUCAUUUUUGGGUGUAUGAUGAUGGGCGUUAUGAGGAAGAAGGGCAGAAUAACAUCCGAGGAAACAUUUGGGAGAAGGCAUCCACGAGGUUCAUGUGUGCGCUGGUUUCUUUACCUUUUCCACACGGACAACCUCGGGGAAUGGUACAACCACCGAGCACUCAUGUUACUGUUCCGAAUUAUAUAGAGCAUAAGAAGAUUCAGAAGCUUCUACUUCUUGGUAUUGAAGGGUCUGGAACUAGCACUAUCUUUAAACAGGCCAAGUUUCUGUAUGGAAACAAGUUCUCGGUAGAAGAGCUUCAAGAGAUUAAGCUGAUGGUACAAAGCAAUAUGUAUAGAUAUCUUAGUAUACUACUCGAUGGAAGAGAACGGUUCGAAGAGGAAGCUUUGUCGCAUAUGAGAGGUUUAAACGCCGUUGAAGGAGACUCAGGAGGUGAGGAAGCAAACGAGGAUGGAACUAUCAGUACUCCGCAGUGUGUGUAUACAUUGAACCCGAGGCUGAAGCAUUUUUCGGAUUGGCUUCUAGAUAUCAUAGCAACUGGGGAUCUCGACGCGUUUUUCCCAGCUGCAACACGUGAAUACGCUCCCUUGGUUGAAGAAGUUUGGAAAGAUCCAGCGAUACAAGCCACGUAUAAACGAAAAGACGAGCUUCAUUUCCUUCCUGAUGUUUCGGAGUACUUCUUGAGCCGGGCUAUGGAAGUGUCGAGCAACGAGUAUGAGCCUUCGGAGCGAGAUAUCGUAUACGCAGAAGGCGUCACACAAGGAAACGGAUUAGCUUUCAUGGAGUUUUCUCUUACCGAACAGAGUCCAUUGUCUGAUACUUACCCUGAAAACCCUGACGUCUUGUCCCCUCCUCAGCCAAAGUACCAGCUGAUACGAGUAAACGCAAAGGGGAUGAACGAUAGCUGCAAAUGGGUUGAGAUGUUUGAAGACGUACGAGCAGUCAUCUUCUGCAUCAGCUUAAGCGACUACGACCAGAUCAGUAUCACACCAGAAGGAAGCGGAACGGUCACUUUCCAGAACAAGAUGAUCCAGAGCAAGGAGCUUUUCGAGUCGAUGGUUAAGCAUCCUAGUUUCAAAGACACGCCUUUCAUUUUGAUACUUAACAAGUACGACCUCUUCGAGGAGAAGCUAAACCGUUCGCCGCUAACAUCUUGUGACUGGUUCAGCGAGUUCUGUCCCGUGAGGACGAACAACAACGUGCAGUCACUUGGUUACCAAGCUUACUUCUACGUUGCCAUGAAGUUCAAGCUGCUCUACGCGUCCCUCACGGGUCAGAAACUGUUUGUGUGGCAAGGUAAGGCUAGGGAUAGAGCCAAUGUGGAUGAAGGGUUUAAGUAUGUGAGAGAGGUUUUGAAGUGGGAGGAAGAGAAGGAAGAGAGUUACUUAAAUGGUGGAGAAGAUUCUUAUUACAGUACUGAUAUGAGUUCUUCGCCAUAUCUUAGACCUGAGGAGUGA